AUGGCGGAGGGGUCUACAUUCCAUGAGAAGGACGUGCUGGAGGAGUCGCAUCUCCUUGAAGAUUUUCGAGAUGAGGCAAAGACACGACCAGUUGAAGCCGAAUCUAGCAAUCCAUCACCAGCACUUCACAUCAACCUCUCGGGCCUCCAACAUCCACAAUGGUCGGAUCUAAUACCUUCAUCAAAGCGCUUUCUCUUCUUCCUGCUACCAACGUUCAUCCAAACUAAACUCUAUCCCGAUUUACUGAGGCCCGUACGCCUUCACCCCUCCGCUUACCUCGAUGGUAUGCGUGGACUGGCCGCCCUUUUCGUCUUCUUCUACCACUUCUCCUACUCGAGUCACGAUGUUCUCACCGCAUUCGCCGGCACUGGCAAGCCCGAUGAGCACCGCGAGUUUCUCAAACUCCCAUUCAUUCGAUUCAUAUAUACCGGACCCGCCAUGGUCUCCAUAUUCUACGUCGUUUCUGGCUAUGCCCUUUCGUACAAGCCUGUCAAGCUUAUGAGAAACAAGAGUUGGAAAGACCUGUUACACACUCUCUCUUCGGCAACUUUCCGUAGAGCUGUUCGUCUCUAUCUACCUUGCUUUGCCUCGACUCUGAUGAUCCUUGUCCUAGUCCGGUUGGGCGCGUACGACGCGACUCGUGGUAUCGCAUACGAUGAAAGGCGCCUAGACCAAGUCCGCGAAUUCCAUAUGCCACGCUACAGAUCAUUGUGGCAUCAAAUAACAGACUGGGCUAAGAUGAUCAUGGAGUUCCGGUCUUCACUCGUUCUAUACCUGACUCAACUUGGCCUUGCGCGUCUCAAGCCUCUUGUCAGAAUUUUGUCCCUAGUUGCACUUAUCGUCUGGUGUCACGAGAAAGACCGCUGGGAAAUGAUUCUCUUCUAUUCUGGCUUUCUACUUGCCGAGCUCGAUUUCCGCCGACAAGCGCUGGCCGCUACCAAGUCUCUUCUUCCUACACUCGAUUUCUCUCUUCUAAAAUCUUCACAACGCCAGUCGUUGUGGACGGCACUGUAUAUUUUCGUCUUUCUGGUUGGCAUAUAUCUGGGAGGCCAACCACAAUCCCAUGUCGAGUAUGCCCCUGGCUGGGCUACACUGUACUCUUGGAUUCCUUCUUAUUGUGACCACAAACAACGCUAUUGGGUCGGCUGGGCUGCGAUUUUGCUCGUCUGGUCGACAUCCAACUCCGCUCUUCUCCAGCGUCUCUUCACCAAUGGUCCAGUUCAGUAUCUUGGCAAAAUAUCUUUCUCGCUUUACCUCAUGCAUGGCCCUGUUACACAUACCAUCGGCUACGCUUCGAUGGAAUUUUUCUGGCGUAUUAUCGGAGAUGAUACAUAUAUGACCAAAGAGAUUGGUUUUGUUUUAGCUGCAAUCAUCAACAUUGCAAGUACGAUUUGGGCGGCAGAUCUUUUCAUGCGCGUGGUCGACACACCGACAGUGCAAUUCGCAAAGUGGAUUGAAGAGAAGUGCAUCGUGCCUCUAGAAUAG